ACCGUGGGCCAAUAAGUGAGCUGCCUCCUAAACGUCUCGACGAUUUAAGGCCCAUUUGUUUGCUCCACACAGCAGCAGUGAUCAAUCGGGCGUCCACUCCACAAGCGCGUUCAAGCCCAUUCCAUUCCCCCUUCCCGAGCAAGUCACAGGGCAUCAUCGAAAAAGGCGGGAAAACCCCCUUCCCGAACCUUCCAGAAGCCUCCAGAAGGGCGUGUCCCCCGACCUCUUCCCCCUGCUGCGCAGAUGGCUGCGCCGGCGUCGGCGGCGGGCAGCGAGACCCCGAAGCAGCUCCUCUCCAUCAUCCGCGACUUCGCCUCCGAGAAAUCCCACGGCGAGCGCAGGGUGUCCGAACUCAGGCGCCGCCUCGCCGACGUGCGCGCCACGGCCGACGCCGCCGCGGCGGAGCUUGACGCCGCCAAACGCGCGCGCGAGGCGGCGGAGCAGGAGCUCCGCGGGAGCCAGGUUCAGGCCGCGAUCGCCGACGCCACCAUCCAGGCGCAAGAGGCAACGAUCUCGCGUCUCCAGGAGGAGAUCUCGAAGGUGGGCACCGAUCUGGACGCGCUCAAGAGCAAGGGAGACAGUGAGAGGGACGAUUUCAUCAGCCUGAUGCAUGAGAUGAACGCUAAGACAAGGCAAUUUCAACAGAUGGUCUCUCUAGAAUUAGCAGAAUACAAUCACUCUGGGCUGCAGUCUACAGAAGGUCAACAUGUCAAGGACAAGACUGAAAUUUUGGAGUCAGAAGGCAUUUUGAAAGAUUUGACUGAUAAGGUGAGCAGCAAGGACGCUGAGGUGCAGCUCUUGGAAGAAGAGUAUAAAAAAGAUCUGAUUGAUCAUGAUAAGGUCCGUCAGGAGCUGGCCGAUAUCCAAGCAAAGAGAGCUCUUAUGGAGGCUGUGAUGGGAGAGAGUAAGCAGCUGAAGGAGAUUGGAGAGCGGGCAGCUGAACUGGCGAAGGUGCACGCUUCACUUGUAGAUGAGCUGCAGCGGCGGUACACGUGCCCUGGCUGCGGAGUCAACAAUAUGCCCGGGUUGGAGGAGGCCGCGAACUAGAUAAGCGUUGGUCGCUCUGUUGUACAUACACAUGUUUUGGCCGAUGGUGGUGAAAUAGGGCUGUGGGAGUGUGGCUGUUGGAUUCCUUUUUUUUUUUUGAGGGAAGGCUGCUGGAUUCCUAAAAGCUUGUGAAUGAGGCAUGGAUCGUAGUCAGUAGGACCCUCUGACCAGCUGGUUAUACGAUACACAUUUUUUUUGAACUCUUAUACGAUAUACACAUUGCUGAGAA